CGUUUUCAGUCGCUUCGUGAAACCCGCCGCACUCACAUCGCUCCAAAAUAAAUCGCAAAGCGCGCAAGUCGGACUAAAAUCGCCUCGAAUCGAUUCGCAUUGGGUAGCAAAAACAUCUCAAACACUAAUUAAUAGCGGCGAGUCCAAAUCAAAUCGAUUUCCCUGUCUGCGCACUGCAGUCUGCCAGCGAGUUAGGAAAAAGAAAAAUCAGGAAAAAAGAAAAAGAAAGUUAAGUAGGACCAAAACAAAGCUGCCAAAAUGCCGAAGCCCCUACUUAACUCCUGCUGCCUGUGCCAAUCGACGCGAAAUGGGUCCGUCAUAUCGGGCAUCCUGGCCAUCGUCCUGUCGAUUAUUACCAUCGUGGUGAUCUUUACGACACGAGUUCACUUCAAGACGAUCAUCUUUGACUUUAUCCCCAAUGACAUCGUGAAGAUAAUACUCGUCAUCAAUUUGUGCAUGACGAUUUUGAUAUCACUGCUCAUGAUUGUGGGUGUUCUAAAGCGGAACCACUAUCUGAUGGUACCCUGGGUGGUGCUGGGCAUUAUGAUUGCCAUCGGACUGCUAAUCUCCGUCAUCUACACCGGCGUCGUCUUCUUCAUCGACGGCUACGUGCUGACGGGCGUCCUCUGGCUGAUCUUCGGCCUAAUUUGUUGCGCUGUUCUCACCUAUUGCUGGUGCGUGGUUUAUAGCGAGUACGCAAAUCUUUCGGACGAAAACGAGCGCGGGCGCUACAACAAACAGCCAUACCGCCGCUAAGGAUCGCAAGAAUCAACUUUCAUCAAAAAUGCAUUCUAGAAGCAGACUCUCACACCCACACACACACACCUUCAUCCUAGCUUCUUAUGUUCGUUUUUAGUGAUAAUGUCUAACUAAUAAAUGUAAUUUAGUUGAGGCCAGCCAGCCCUUCGCUCACAUCGAAUUUACGCGGCCCGCGGCAGUAAGUGCAAUGGAAUUAUGUAUUUAACAUUUAAAUAAAACUUUAAUCCAGAUAUUUUGUGAAUUUAUGUUGUAAUUUGUACGUAAUACUUGUAAUUGUGAAUGAGGAGAUCAAGAACCGAAAAAGAUUAACACGUGGAAAAUAAAAACAAACUGUUUAUUUAUCAA